AUGGCUAACUCCCUGCAGGGCUACUCAAUCACUCUCGCUUCCGGCCACGAAGUCGUUGCCCGCGUCGCACGCCGCUUCAUGCCACGCCUCAAGACCGAGUCCGAGAUCGCGACGAUGCAAUACUUCCGCGAACGCACCAACAUCCCCGUCCCGGACGUGUACCACUACGAUGCGAACCCGUGGAACCGCCUCGGCGGAGAGUAUAUCAUCAUGUCCAAGGCAAAGGGCAUCCCGCUCGCGAGCGUGUUCCAUAGUAUGUGCCACAGCGACCUCCUCGCGCUGAUGGAAAACACGGCGCGGAUUAUGAUCCCGCUCUUUGCGCACCGCUUCCCGCGCAUCGGCUCGCUCUAUCUCGGUCCGGACGCCAACCGCGUCGCGGAUGCGUCCACUGUGCCGACGCCCACCGUCACCGCCUACCAGCCACAUUUCGCCACCGUCCUCUCUUCAGCGACGCCCGCACCACAGCCGCACUCGGAGUUCCACGUCGGGCCGAUCGUCUCGUGGCCGUUCUUUGGCUCGCACCGCGGGGAGCUCGCGCACCCUUCCGAGAUCGACCGCGGGCCGUGGCGGUCGACGGAUGCGUAUCUGCGCGCGUGCGCGGCGCGCGAGGUUGCGGGGGUGAUCAGGGAGAACGAAGGGCGCGCGGCGCCGCACCGGUUGUCGCUUGACCCUGGCGAGGUGGCGGCCAGUCGGCACCACCACGUCGAGGCGCUGUCUGGGGACGAGAGCGACACGAGCGAGGAGUGGGAUUGGGAGGAGAGCGAGGGGGAGGGAGAGGGCCCGGGCGACUCGAUGUAUCGCGAUUAUAGGCGGAUGCAGAGGACGACGUUUCUGGUGAGUCAGUUGAGGGAGCGGGAGGAGAUGGUGAAGAAGGAGAUGGGGAGGGUUGUGGAGUUGAUGGAGAGGUUGGGGGUUAGGAGGGAGGAGGAGCGGGAGGAAGGAGAGGCGGAGGAGUUUGGGAUUGAUUGUCAUGAUUUGAGCCUGGAGAAUGUUUUUGUGGAUGAGCAGGAUCACUCCAAGAUCGCGUGCAUCAUCGACUGGGAAGCAACGACGACCCGGCCACUCUGGGCAUGCGCACACGUCCCCACCUUCCUGCAAUCCUCCCCCUUCACCGCCAAGAUCUUCCGCGCAACCGUCGAGAAGCUCGCCCAGCGGCCCUGGCCCGCCCUCAUCAACGGGCGGCCGACGGACCUCGCAAGGGUCGCGGGGGAGUGGCUGCACCACGAGGCGGGCGGCGCGCGGCUGCGCAUGGCGCAUCGGUGCCUCGAGUGGGACGGGUGGGAGGAGGGGCUGGUGGAGAGUAUUUUGGGAGCGGAGGAGGAGGAGGAUAAGUGGUUCAAGAGCUGUGAGGGCGAGGGCGAGGGGGAGAGGACGCCGGUGGGGAGUUGGCCGGGCUCGCCUGUGUCGGGGUCGCCGACGCUGGCGGAGAGCGCGAGUGAUGGGGAGGAUGCGAGGCAUGUGGGGAAUGCCAAGGGGGUCGGCGGCGGCCCUGGCGGUGGUGGCGGUGGAUUGAAGAAGGGGGUGGUGGCGGUGGUGGUGCCCGGGCACCCGCCGGUGCCGUUGGUGAAGAAGGUGGUGGAGGUGGAGAAGGAGAGGGAGAAGGAGUUGGUGCGUGCGGGGGAUAUUUGUGGGGGGCGGGGAGGGGAGUUGGGGAGAAGGUUGGAGGCGUGGUUGCAUGUUAGUGGGGAUGGGGAUGGGAGGGUGGGGUUGGAGAGGAGGUGGGAGGGGGAGGAGUGA